UCAGAGAACCCUCCACCGGGAAGCUGCGUACCUUUGUUUCCAUUGAGCGAGUUAGUUUCUAAAUUCUGCUGUUAUACCUACUUCUUCUCCAUCGAAACUCUGCAAAUUGGACUAAACUGGGUCACCUGUACCAAAACCUAAACGUGUGUCUGCCAGACAAGCAGGUAAAAUGAGUCUGGCUUCUCCUGAAUCGCACCUUGACCCGAUGUCAGAAAAAGCAGUGGAGCCUGAUAGCUCAGCAGAAACUACGAAGCCCUCUUGCAACAGGGAGUCCACCAUUCUAGCUAAGAUCACUGGACUGAAUCAAUCUGUCACCUCAGGCGAGAGAGAAAAUGAAGGUGCCACCUCUGACAACCCUGCAGACAACAACACAAGCAGCGGCUCUAAAGAUGACACCCUACAGAAGAAAGUGAACUGCACUGCCUGUGGAAAACAAGUAAAUCAGUUUCAACGCAACUCUGUGUACGAGCAUCCUGUCCUCAAAGUACUUAUUUGCAAGUCAUGCUACAAGUAUUACACAAGUGAUGACUUCACCAGAGACUCUGAUGGGAUGGAUGAGCAGUGCAGAUGGUGUGCUGAAGGUGGCAAACUCAUCUGCUGUGACUACUGCAACAAUGCCUUCUGCAAAAAGUGCAUUCUGCGCAACCUGGGCAGGAAGGAGCUUUCAGUCAUUACUGAUGAGAACUCAAAGUGGCACUGCUAUGUCUGCAGAUCAGAGCCUCUCCAGGAUCUGGUCUCCAAAUACCACCGCAUCAUGGAAAAACAAGAACUGCAAUUCAAGCAACGAAAAUUGGACAGAGGCAAAGAACGUGAGAGCAAGAGACACAAGAGCAAAGCCGUCAAAGAGCACAAAGUAGUUGUGAAUGGGAAAGAACAUACUGAAAGCUCAGAGACCAUGACAUUCUCAUACAGAAAACUGCAGGUACCCAAAGAACUUAUAAAGAAAACAAAAAAGCUUGUUGAAACAACUACUGGUCUCAACAAUACAUUCAUUCAGUUCAUACAGCAGACAGCUGAGGAGCAGGGAGAUGAGGCUGUCAGGUAUCGGCAUUUGAAAGCCUUCAAGACCGUGCUUGCUGACUUGAAAAAAGCCCACAGUGCAUUGGAAGAGGCUUUGGGGGCUGAAUUCAGAAACAUGGAGUUGCAGAAUGGUGACGAAAUGCAACAUAUUGUAAGAGAGAACACUAAUGUUGUGGCCCCUGUAGAAAACCAUCAAGUGAAAAAUGUGGUGGUUGCGGAAGAGGCUGAUGCAGCAAAGGAGGCGAAUGCAAUAGAGGAUGCCUGUGUAGCAGAGGAGGCUGCUGUGCCAGAAGAGGCUGAUGCAGCAAAUGAGGCAAACACAGAAGAGGAUGCUGAUGUAGCCGAGGAGGCUGCUGUGGCAGAAGAGGCUGAUGAAGCAAAUGAGGCUAACACAGAAGAGGAUGCUGAUGUAGCCGAGGAGGCUGCUGUGGCAGAAGAGGCUGAUGCAGCAGAGGAGGCUACCACAGUAGAGGAUGCUGGUGUAGCAGAAGAGCCUGCUGUGGCACAGGAGAUUGAUGCAGAAAAGGAGGCUGAUGUUGCAGAGGAGGCAGAAUGUGUAGGUGAGGCUGAUGCAGCAAGAGAGGCUGACAUAGUAAAGGAACCAGUCAAGGAGGGGCAUAAUGAGGCUGAAAUGAAUGUCAUCCAAACAGAAACUGAUGCAAUCGAAAAUACAAUGAAAAUGGAAGUAUAUGAUGAUGGCCUACUGUCAGCUGGUGAAACAUUCCUUGAUGAAGACAUUAUGUCUGUGCCUCCAUCGGUCCCUGAUGAGCUUUUUCAGAUAGUGGAGGGUCUUGAGGAUUUCACCCCCAUACAGGAAGAUACCAUUUCAGUCAAAGAUGCUGAAACAAAGGCAAAUGAAAACUUAAACUCUCAACCCACCCAGCCCAAAAUGAAGAACCUCAUAGUCAAACUGACUCCUGUGCCAGUUGUGACCAUGCAUGGGUUAGGCUCCUCCAUGUCAGAAAACAAAGAAAAAGCUGAAGAGAUACAAAAACAGUGUGAGGAUAAAUGCGAGAAGGUAAACGUUGAUGCUGCAGACAGCCCACCACCCAGCCACUGCUCUAGUAGACUGAAGACCACUCCCUUGAAGAAGCAGGCUGACAAUCUGGACAAGGAAGAAUCCCCCGAGUCAAAGUUAGCAGAAGAGCAACACAUAGUGAGAAAGGGUACUAAUGUAGAAAAUGACCACAUGGAUAAUGCAGUGGACGCAGAGGAGGCUGAUGUAGCAGAGGAUGCUGGCGCUGUAGUGGAGGCCAGCGCUGUAGAGGAGGCCGCAGCUGUAGAGGAGGUCGCAGCUGUAGUGGAGGCUGACGUUACAGAGGAGGCUGACGCAGUUAGGGAGGCUGUAGCAGGGGAUGCAGACAUAGUGAAGGGGUCUGACAAGGAGCAGCAUAAUAAGCAGGAAGUGGACAACAGUCAAGUGACAGAUGAGACUGAAAAGAAAGACAACCAAACAGAAACUGAUGCAAUCAAAAAGACGACACAGACUGCAGUGUAUGAUGAUGAGCUAAUGUCAACAGACUCUCAACCCACCUGGCCCAAAAUGAAGAACCUCCUACUCAAACUGAGUCCUGUGCCAGUUGUGACGAUGGGUGGGUCAAGGUCCUUCAUGUCCAAAUACAAAGAAAAAGAUGGAGAGGCACUUGAAAAGUGUGAGGAAAAAUGUGAGAAGGGAAAAGAUGAUGCUGUAGGUGGGACAGACAGCUCACAGCCAUGCCAUCGCUCAAGUAGAUUCAAGACCACUCCCUUGAGGAACCAGGCUGAGAGCAAGGGCAAGGAAGAAUGCUCUGAUACAGAGUCCAAGAAGGAUAAGGAGGAGACCAAGGAUUCAGAGGAAAAGAUGAUGGAGUCUGACUCAGAUGAAAUUCCUAACAUACUGUUGGAGAAAGCUGCAGCAGGUCACAGCAGAGAUGAGGAACAGGGAAGCACAACUGCUAAAAAGUGUUUAUUCAAACCAGACAAUACAUCUGCAAAGGAUGAAGACAAAGUGUCCAAACGCAAGAGGAAGUCUGAAAGCUCUGAGUCAAACUUGGAUAACAAAAGUAAAAAGAAAAAACAGAAUGGCUCAGACUCCUCUGACUCUGACCAGGGGACGGGGAAAAAGAGUAAAGUAGCCAUACAGCAGAGAUCUAGCCGUGUGAAGAAACAAGAUGAAGCAAAAGAGGAAGACAAAAACUCACAGGAGAGGAAAGGAGCCAAGACGAGAAGGUCUUAUGAAAAGAACUGCAAGGGAAGUAGCUCCAAAGCAGCCUCCGAACUGCAGUCAUCCUCCAGUGGGGAUGAAGAGGAGCAGCAGCCUGAAGGUGACUCAGGAGAGGACAGUGCCGAGCAAACAAUCAAACCUAUCGUGGAGGAUAACGUGGUGGAAAGUAGUGGACCUUUUCAUCAAUGCUCAGGAGACAAAAAGGACGAUAAAGAGGAAGUCUCUCAAGUCUGUGAAGAUGAUGUCGAUGAUGAUCCUGAAAACAGGAUUGCAAAGAAAAUGCUUCUUGCCCAAAUAAAAUCCAACUACUCUUCUGGAGCAGAGAGCUCCUCUGAUAAUGAAGGCGCAGGAAAGGAUGAAAAGUCCUCCAAGAAAGUUAAAAAAGAAGAUGAAGAAGAGCAGCAAGAUGAGGAUUCAGAUGACUCAAGCGGCUCUGACAUUGAAGUGAAGAAGCGCAGCAGACGCCACAAAUUACUCCGUCAUAAACUCUCUCUGAGUGAGGGAGAAUCAGGGGAGGAGAAAACUGCUAGUAAAAAGAAGAACAAGGGGGGCAAGAAGAAGAAAGUAGACAGCGAUGACUCUUCAGACUCAGAUUUUGAGAAGUCAGAGACCAGUGCAGAGUCGGGGAUAAGCGAGGAGCUUAGUGAAUCGGAGAAUGAGGGGAAGCGUCGAAAGACUAGAUCAUCGAAGAAGAAGGACGAUGAGAAACAAAGAAGUUAUAAUCAGAAGAAGAAGCGACGCAGGAUCAAAGUUCAGGAUUCCUCAUCCAGCAAUGAGAAGAGCGGAGAGGAAGGUGAUGAAGACGGAGAUGAAGACGGACGCAAAGGACGCAAAAAGAUCCGCAAAAUCCUGAAGGACGACAAGCUGCGGACAGAGACGAGAGAUGCUCUGAAAGAAGAAGAGGAGAGGAGGAAACGUAUAGCUGAGAGAGAGGCACUGAGGAAGAAACUGCGAGAGGUGAUUGUGGUGGAAGAGUCUUCCCAGGUAACCUGUCCUAUCACCACCAAGCUGGUGCUGGAUGAGGAUGAAGAGACCAAGGAGCCACUGGUACAGGUGCACAGGAACCUUGUCACAAAGCUCAAACCUCACCAGGUGGACGGGGUGCAGUUCAUGUGGGACUGCUGCUGUGAAUCUGUGAGGAAGAUCGAGAAGUCUGCUGGCUCCGGCUGCAUCCUUGCCCACUGUAUGGGUCUGGGGAAAACUCUGCAGGUGGUGACAUUACUCCACACUUUGCUCCUUUGUGAGAAGCUCGACUUCUCCACAGCGCUGGUGGUUUGUCCCCUGAACACUGUCCUUAAUUGGCUCAACGAGUUUGAGAAGUGGCAAGAAGGAAUGAAGGAUGACGAGAGUUUAGAGGUGACUGAGCUGGCCACAGUAAAAAGACCACAGGAGCGAUCAUACGCUCUCCAGAGAUGGCAUGACACGGGUGGUGUAAUGAUCAUCGGCUACGAGAUGUACCGAAACCUGACACAGGGCAGGAACAUCAAGAGCAAGAAGCUCAAAGAAAUCUUUCAGAGGACACUGGUAGAUCCAGGUCCAGACCUGGUAAUCUGUGAUGAAGGUCACAUCCUGAAGAAUGAGGCCUCUGCUGUGUCCAAAGCAAUGAACUCUAUCAGGACAAGGAGGAGGAUUGUGCUGACUGGAACGCCUCUGCAAAACAACCUUGUUGAAUACCACUGCAUGGUGAACUUCAUCAAGGAGAACCUUCUUGGGUCAAUUAAAGAGUUCAGGAACCGCUUCAUUAACCCCAUUCAGAAUGGUCAGUGUGCUGAUUCCACGUUUCAAGAUGUCCGGAUCAUGAAGAAGAGGGCUCACAUCCUCUAUGAGAUGCUGGCUGGCUGUGUCCAGAGGAAAGAUUACACAGCGCUCACCAAGUUCCUGCCUCCCAAACAUGAGUAUGUGUUGUCGGUCAGAGUGACUCCCAUCCAGUGUAAACUCUACAGAUACUACCUGGAGCACUUCACAGGUGUGGGGAAUGCUAUGGAGGGGGGCCGGGGCCGCGCAGGGACCAAACUCUUCCAGGAUUUCCAGAUGCUCAGCAGAAUCUGGACCCAUCCCUGGUGCCUUCAGCUGGACUACAUCAGCAAAGAAAACAGGGGUUUCUUUGAUGAGGACAGCAUGGACGAGUUCAUCGCUUCAGAAACAGAAGAAUCCUCCAUGAGUAUGACCUCUGAGGAUGAGAGGGCAAAAAAGAAAAAGAAGCAAGGGAAGGGAAAAAAGAGAGGAUCUGAUGACUCGGACAGUGACGAUGUGGAGGUCAUCAAGGAGUGGAACACCAGCUCUCGGGGCAGAAAUGGAGAGGGUCGGAACAGACCAGAGCCUGUAGAAGAACCUCGGGCCGCCAGCUCAGCACCAGGGAGUCCCAGUGCUGACUGGUACAAGGAGUUUGUCACUGAGGCUGACGCUGAGGUCCUGGAGCACUCUGGAAAAAUGAUACUCCUCUUUGAGAUCCUGCGCAUGGCAGAGGAAGUAGAUGAAAAAGUGUUGGUGUUCAGUCAGUCUCUCAUCUCUCUUGACCUGAUUGAGGAUUUCCUGGAGUUGUCCUGCAGAGCUAAAGAUGAAGAAAAAAUCUCACCAUACAAAGGUGAAGGGAAGUGGUACAGGAACAUUGACUACUAUCGCCUGGAUGGUUCCACCAAUGCCACCACCAGGAAGAAGUGGGCUGAAGAGUUUAAUGACACCAGUAACACAAGAGGUCGUUUGUUCCUCAUUUCAACACGAGCUGGCUCUCUUGGCAUCAACCUGGUGGCGGCUAACAGGGUCAUCAUCUUUGACGCCUCUUGGAACCCCUCCUACGACGUCCAGAGUAUCUUCAGGGUCUAUCGCUUUGGCCAGAUUAGGACUGUUUACGUGUACAGGUUCCUGGCCCAGGGUACAAUGGAGGAGAAGAUUUAUGACCGGCAGGUAACCAAGCAGUCUUUGUCAUUCCGAGUGGUGGACCAGCAGCAGAUUGAGAGGCACUUUACAACGAACGAGCUGGCCGAGCUCUACACCUUUGAACCAGACAUGCUGGAUGAUCCCUCAGGGAAGAAGAGCAAGAAAGCCACGCCCUUGCUUCCUAAGGAUCCCUUCCUGGCUGAGAUGCUGCAGAACAAUAAGGACCAGAUCGUGUGUUACCACGAACACGACUCCCUGCUGGACCACAAGGAGGAGGAAGCCCUGAGCGAGGAGGAUCGCAAGGCUGCCUGGGCCGAGUAUGAAGCAGAGAAAAAGGGUGUGUCCAUGAGGACCAACUACCCGGCAGGAUACCUCCAGACUAACAUGGGCUCCUCCAACUACUUCUCCUACAACAUGGCAGCUUUGGCCUCCAUGACCAACCAGCAGCUGGAGGAGCUUAUAAACCAGGGACGACAGAAAGUCAUUGAAGCAACAAACGCAUUGAAGACUCUAGCCCGGGAGUCACUGGAAGAUACAAUCGCCAGAGUGUGGAAGGAGAACCCAGCACUCACAGAGAGUCAGGUCCAGGCCAUGGCCCUGGGACGACAAGCCAGUGUGGAGCUGGAGGUCAAGCGCAGGGAAGUCGCGUACAGGGAUGUUCUCACCAGGCAGCAGACGCUGAUGAUGUACGUGCAGAAGCUGAUCACCAACAGGAAGGUGCAGGAGCAGCAGCUGGCCAUGGCCAACCAGGCCAGCUACCUGAACCAGCUGGCCAUGCAGAAUGGCAUGAUGGGAGGCAGCGGGCUCAGCCAGAUGGACCUGCUGGGGCUCUACCAGCAGCUCCACGGCCUGGGCAAGAAUCCCGGGCCCUCCAAAGGCCUGUAGGUCAGAGGGACUUCCUCACCACUCACUACCCCCCUCCCCCCACUCAACUAGACAGCUCCCAGUGGGCCAGUCCAAGCGAAGCCCAGUUCUCUGUAACAAACGCACUGUGACACCACCACUCAGAGCUCAAAGCAUCUGGUGCACCAAGCAGAGGGUGGAGUACUUUUGAGACUAGGCUGCUGUCCACUGGGGCCUAAAGUGGGGUAGACUCUCAGUUCUUUAUUCUGUAGUUCAUUGAGAGAAGGUGGAAUAUAAUGUAUAAAUGACUGUGUAAAAGGGGUCUGUUAGGAGUUUCAACAGAAAAAAAAAAUGUAUAUACCGCCUUAAUGUUAUUCAAGUUCUAUAUCUUCAUUUUUCAUGUAUUUAAAGACAAAUUUUACCCCCAAAGCAUUGUAUUGUUUUUCUCUUAAAGAGGGUUUGCUUAUUAUUUAAACUCAGUUUUUUAUACUGUUUUAAAUGCCUAACUAAACCUGAGUGGGACCAGUGUCGUUGGUGACAGGACUCUAUGAUGUAAAACUCUACAUGAUUAUUAGACCCAGUAGAUUCCUUCACCAAUAUAUAGCAAAGCAGACAGCUGAGAGUGCUGCUAAGUCCUGCUCUUUUUGGGAGACUGAAGAAACCGAUAAGUCAACAAAAAAACUGAAAAAAAAAAUUGGCCUUAUAUUCAUUUCCUAAAUAAAGCUCUGUAAAGUUCUGAGAUUUCAGAUUUGUUGAGAAUCUUUUCUAUUAUGCUUUUAAAUGUUUACAUUAGUUGUUGCUAAACAUGGUAAUGGAAUGCUUGUGUUGUUCAAAACUGCCUGCCGAUUCCUAUGACCUUUUUUGUAACAUCAUUCUCAUUGUCACGUGUUGUCUAGCAUAGCACUGUGUGUCCUGUUCAUUGUUUAUGUUCCACUGGGGUGAGUGACUGGGUCUCGCAAAGCACAACCAAUUCAGCCGGAUAUCACAGGGCCCAAAACUUUUCAUUUUACUUGUCUGUCAGCGGUGUUUCACAGUGAAUUUGAUAGGAAGAGUGAUAAAGAAAAUCUUAUUAUAUAUCUGGCUGAUUUGUUUCCUCUGCUUUGUGAGAAGUGCCUUCUGGACACUAGUCUCACCAGGCAGGCCCCCCAGUCUACCUGUAUUCUACUUUGGCACAUUUUUUGCUUCUAAAUGCUUAUGCUGGUGUAGCUGUUAAUCAAGAGGAAUAAUUCUCAUUUCUCACAGAGAUGCCUGUUGUCUCUAGUUGGCUCCUGUGUCUGCACAAGGUGUAUUUCAUAAAUGUAGAGAAACUUUUGCCCUCCUCUAAGAAUGUUCUUAUGUUAGCAAAUACACCAACAUGAUUUGCCAUGCAAUCUGAUCUGCUAUUAUCUUGAUAAGUAUUUAAUAUAACAUUUAAUAAAGUGACCAAAAGGAUGAGCAA